AGGGUAGCUGUGUGGCGCAGUGGCCUGCCGUUCUGACUCCAGGUCAACGUUUGUACCUGCGGGGUUGGGAUCCUGGGAUCCUGCACCUGUUUCCCCGCGGCAGGCCUGUGUUGUCUGAGCCAGCAGACAGGGUGGCCAGCGACUGCAGAGAUGACCCUGUUCCCAGGCGUAUCAGCCCAGUCCUUCUUCCAUUGUUUCACACUGGCCAGUGCUGCUUUCAACCUACAGGUGGCCACCCCUGGGGGAAAGGCCAUGGACUUUGUGGAUGUGACUGAGAACAAUGCACGUUGGGUACAGGACUUCCGCCUCAAGGCUUAUGCCAGCCCUGCUAAGCUUGAGUCCAUAGACGGUGCCAGGUACCAUGCGCUCCUGAUUCCCAGCUGUCCUGGUGCCCUGACUGACCUUGCCAGCAGUGGGUCCCUGGCUCGGAUACUGCAGCACUUCCGCUCAGAGAGCAAACCCAUUUGUGCCAUUGGCCAUGGUGUUGCUGCCCUGUGCUGUGCUACCAAUGAAGACAGGUCCUGGGUGUUCCAAGGCUACAGUCUGACAGGGCCUUCUGUGUACGAGCUCAUCAGAGCGCCUGACUUUGCCCGCCUGCCGCUUGUUGUUGAGGACUUUGUGAAGGACUCUGGUGCUGGCUUCAGUGCCAGUGAGCCCGACGCUGUACAUGUGGUGCUGGACCGCCACCUGGUCACUGGCCAGAAUGCAAACUCUACUGUUCCUGCUGUCCAGAACCUGCUCUUCCUCUGUGGCAGCCGGAAGUGACUUGGAUGCUGUCCCUGAUCCUGGUGGCCUAGAGACAACAGCUGAACUCACUGUGGCUUCUUCUGUUGGUCCUUACCUGAUGGGGCCCUCAGGCCUCCCUCUGGACCUUGUGGAAUGCUGGAGGCCUCCAGGAGUUAAGACUUGUAGAGUAUCAGUUCUAAUGCAGACUGAACCUCCUCCCUCCAUUCCCAGCACAUAGUGUGGAACAUCUGGACUGGUCAGGCAGUUCCUGAGAACUGCAAAUUGAACAUUGCAAGAAUUGUCCAUGGGAGAUAGUCAGCUGUGUGGUCUUAGGAUGGGGUGUUGCUCUUCUAUGGCCCUUUGGCUAUUCCCAUCUCUUUAGCUGUGGGGACUAUGGGGAACUAUGGGGAAGGGACUGACGAUUGGUGCUUGCUCUGAAUUCAUCUUGCCAAAGGCCUAAGCAGGCAGUAGUCUUGCUGAAGAAGUCCGCCCUUGCUUGGCCUGUGGUUUUUAAUGCAAUAGAGGCCCCAGCUCAACCUAACAUCGUCCUGAGCCCUUGGAAUAGACAUAGUGAUGUUACCCUGCCCCAUAUGGCAUGGAAAAAUAUUAGUGUCACAAUUUGAUAUCCUUAAGACUGCUGUUACCUCAGUCUGUCCAAUGGUCUCUGGCUUACAGAAGCCUCAGCCCAGGUAUUUAUUCCAUCUACUCCUCCUAGAAGGAAUGGCCACAGAUAGGCUUGGGCUAUAUGGAGUAAGAAUAGCCAUGACUCCCAGGUCUGAUAUGUCUCCAGGACCUGAUAAGGCUAUGUGGACAUGCUUGUUUGCUGUCAAUCCUAGGGCACCUGGCCUGGCCUGGAGCCUCCAGUGAGUAGCCUUCUAGCCCUAGAAUAGAACCUUCCACGUAACUUGGACCUCUGAAUGCCUUUUGGCGGUUAAUAACCUUUAAUGAGGAAAGUCUAGAACCAAGUGGAAGAAAGAUGCACGAGAGCCCACCUGUCCCUGGAUUCCUCCCUGGCCUUGCACUGCCCCCAUCUGCCAUGUACACUAUGACUAUGUAAUGAUAGAUACUCCUGGACAAAACCUGUGCCUUAGGCUUGGCUGGUUCAGGCACAGGUUAGGUGGUCUGUAAACAAAUAUAUUUCAUACACGUCUUGAAGCUUCAAGUCCGAGGUUAUAGUGUGGCAGGUAUGCUUGUAAGGGCUUCCUGGCUCCGACCUCUUUACUUUGUACCUGGUGGGAAGGGUUAGGAGCUCUCUGGAACCUUUUCAGAGGUCACCAAUUGCUUCAUGAAGCCAAAGUCCCACUUAACACCAUCACCUCAAAGAUGAGGUUUAGCAUGAAUUAGGGUACAGCUUCAGACACUCGGGAGGUGACACCAAGCUGAUGGUGUUUGAAAGUUUGUAAUUGGCUGGCUCUACACGAGCUUCAUGUUCUGUCUCUCUUUGUUUUUUUGUUUUUGGUUUUUCGAGACAGGGUUUGGAAACUGUCCUAGAACCUGCUCUGUAGACCAGGCUGGUCUGGAAUUCAGAGCUCCAUCUGCCUCUGCCUAUUGAUUGCUGGGAUUGCAGGCCUGUACCACCAGUGCCUGAAAUCUCUCUCUCUAAGACAGGGUUUCUCUGUGUAGCCCUAGCUGUCCUCAACUCAGCCUCUGCUGGGAUUAAAGGCAUGUCACCUCUGCCUCUAUUCUAUACUGAGGCAUCACAUAGCUGUAACAGGUGAGGUGGACUUUGAUUGUGUCAGGCCUCUGCUCUAAGGGUCUUCCCACUGCUCAGUCCUAGGUGGAGAAGGGGACAGCAGGCUGGAGAAGAGAGAAUGAACAAAACCCUGGCAAAGUGGCAGCUAAGCUCAGGGUAUGUUCACACAUUUAUAAUUACUCAAGAGAAAUGAAACCUUGAGGCCUAGAAUUAAAGGUGUUUGCCACUGCACCCAGCUAGUGGUUUCUUUACAAUGGA